AGCUCCCUACUUAGUAUUAUGACAGGUAAGGCUUCUAAGGGUAGAGUUCUAUGUACCGGCGGAAUGGGCUACAUUGGUUCGCAUACCAUCGUGAUGUUACUUGAGGCAGGAUAUGAUUGUGCUAUUGUGGAUAACCUAUCGAACUCUUCGGUGGAGGUAUUGAAUCGCCUCAAGACCAUUACAGGGGUAGAUGUGCCUUUUUUCAACGCGGACGUUGGUGAUGUUGAUGCCAUGGAGAAGCUAUUCCGGGAUGAGAAGUUCGAUUGUGUCAUUCACUUCGCGGCGUUCAAAGCGGUAGGUGAGAGCGUUGAGAAGCCUCUGAUGUACUACCGUAAUAACAUUGGAGGGACCAUCACUAUGCUGGAAGCUAUGCUGAAAUACAACUGCAAGAAAGUUGUCUUUUCGAGCAGUGCUACGGUGUAUCAGGCCAGUGAGAAGCCCCUGACUGAGGACUGGCCGCUAGGACCGAUUAAUCCAUAUGGGCAGACCAAGAGGAUGAUGGAACAAAUACUAGAGGACUGCUGUGUCCCAGAUAAGGAGAUGAAGGUUGAGCUGCUGAGGUACUUCAAUCCUGUCGGUGCGCAUCCGUCGGGUCUCAUUGGGGAAGCUCCUUCAGGAUAUCCAAACAAUCUUAUGCCCUUCAUUCAGCAAGUUGGUAUCGGACGACGUUCGCAUCUCAACGUGUUCGGUAACGACUAUGACACACCUGAUGGAACUGGAGUCCGUGAUUAUAUUCAUGUUAUGGAUUUGGCUGAUGCUCACGUCAAGGCCGUCACCUACUUACUACGUGAUGAUAUUCACGGCGCGCACAUUCACAAUCUCGGCACUGGACGUGGUGCUAGCGUGCUUGAGAUGGUCAAAGCUUUUGAGGAAGCUUCAGGGAAGAAGAUUCCUUAUAAAGUCGUUGCUCGUCGGGCCGGUGAUCUCGGCAGUGUUAUCUGCAACCCUGCUUUGGCCGAAAAGGAGUUGGGAUGGGUAGCCACUCGUGAUAUGAAGACUGUUAUGGAGGACUCCUGGAGGUGGCAGAGCGAGAAUCCCUAUGGUUACGAUAAGGAGGCUCCCGAGAAAG